AUGGACGACACAGAGCAAGUGCAACUUACGAAUCAGCAGCUACACAGUAAAGUGGCAGAUCUAACAAGUGCAUUGCUAGCACGGGAUCUCGAGCUUGUGCGACUACGAGAACGCUGUCAGUUUCUUACCACUGCUGUGGAAAAGCAAGAUAAGGUUAUUGCUUCAUUGUGCGCCGCAACGUUGCCAACCUCGAUAAGUAAUUAUUCAAGUAACUCAAGACAGACAGAACAGAGAACGUCAAUGAAGAGCUUUACGGGUGUAUUGGGGAUAACCGAGCCUGUGCAUGAAAUGGUUGAAAGUCAGUCGGAUUUAAAAGGGUAUAAGAACUUCGAUACAAGAAACAAAUCUAAAAAAGAUGUGAUUAAAAUUAAUCUGGAUCAGAUAUCGUACUCACCUCGAACGGUUACGAAUGAGAAUGCGACACCUAGUGUCGACAGCUCGAGCAGUUUUGCGACCGCUUCGUCAUCCUCAUCACUGUUCGGUGACGUGGGGGAGCCAGUGACUAAGUUUUCGCGGUCAAAGUCUUCUCCUCAACGCGCAUCGCUACUUAAGAGGCGCCCAUCGCUUGAGCGGCAGGUCAGCAGUCCGACUAACGAAAGUUUUGCAAGUUCUGCAGGAUUUCUUCGUAAGUCUAAUCGCACCAUGUCUGGACGCUUGAGUGUAAGUGAUUUAGGACUUCUACACAAUGAUGACGGCGACGAUAUGGAGAGUAACCAAACUUUAGAAGAUACGCAUUUCAAUCCUAGAAGACAAUUUGAGGAAACGCUCAAAAGAGUAGAAGAUACUUUGGACGUUGAGGAAAGAAUAGGGCCGAUGAUAUCAACAAUAAGCCGAAGCCAGCGUAAUCUUUUUGCUGAUGUUGAUGAGUCUAUCCAGGCCAAAGCGAAUCAAACUCAAGCAGACACUAACCCAGCAAACAACAGUAGCUCAGAAAUAGAUGGUCUUUCGUACGGUGAAUUUUUGCAACGUAUCAGUCUUCCUGCUUCUCGAGACAUUCUAGACAAAAUGCGUAUGUUUGUUGGAUCAAUCUUGGGACCUCGGGGUGAUGGACAACCUCCACGCUCGACGGAUUACGUGGAAUACGAUUUUUACGGGCAUCAUGAAUUUCGUCGUCGAUGCAGUCAAUUUUUUGUAAGCAUGGACGACUUGUUACAAACCCACCCUGUCUGGUGCCAUGCGUCCGAGACGAUUCUGACAAAAGCUCGUGAUGGCGUUGAAAAGUAUGUUAUGGACAGAGUAUCCGACAUUGCAUUUAAUCAGCUUCAGGAAUGCCAACAGUGGAUGGAAGAAGAUAAAAAUUUGCUAAGACGCAUGAAACUAUUAUCGUUUAUAACGCCUGCGAUGUUAGACAUUAAGCCGUGUAUUCGCAAUGAGGUGGUGUGGUCGAUGGCAGAAGACGAAUUACGACGUAUUAAUCAAUUUUGCUCACCAGGGGACAAGAUUAAUUGUAUAGUGCGGUGUUGUAGCGUAAUUUUUAGCGUCCUCAACCUUUCGAGAGGAGACUCUGGCAGUCGCCCUGGUGCCGAUGACUUUUUGCCAGUAUUUAUUUACAUCGUACUUCACUCGCGAAUCUCUCGAUUGUGUUCCAAUUGCGAGUAUAUUUCAGCUUAUCGAAAUCAAGCCGAUCUCAUGUCGAAAGCGGGAUACUGCUUCGUGAACUUGCGUAGUGCCAUUGAGUUUAUAAUGGUAAUGGAUGGGUCAAUGCUGUCGAUCUCGGAUGGCGAAUUCCAAAGGUUGUACAUUGAACAAGAGAAGCUGUUGUUGAAGGCUUGA